UGGUCUGCAGACGCAGUGGUAGUGCUAGUGACAGUGUAGUGUCGUGCAGUGUCAGUGUCGGUGUCGUGUCGGUGUAGUGUGCCAGUGUCGGGUGCAAGGUCCGGCGUCCGGCGACUCGUGUGUCCGGGCCUGGGAUACACUACGCGCCGGAGAGAAAUGGAAUUAUUGCCCGAAGGGAAGAAUUUUCGAUUGGCUCAAGAAGACGAACUUCCCGAAAUUUUAGAAUUCCUCUCAAAUUUUCUCCCGGACGCUCUUAAGUUCCACCAGACACUGCGCACCUACCUGAACGAUCGCGUCUGGGACUUUUACUUCUACGUGAGCAAGGAGUGGCCGGACCAGCCUGUCUGUCUGCACUUCCCCGGCAUGACUCAAACGCCUAACGGUCGAUUGUACGAGAGCUUCAGUGUCUUUUGCCCUCUCGACCGACUGGAAUGUCUGGAACUGCUGGAGAAGGAAGAUGUGCUGAUCGACUGGAAUCAGCCAAUAUUCCUCAACUUCACCCACAGCGACAUCAUGGACCGCCUGGAGGAGUUCUACCAGAACAUCGGCACUAUGGAGAAGGUGCAGGGAGACAUAUAUGUGUGCAGCGACACCCCCUCGGACCAACAGCUCGCCGAGCUCGUGCCACCCGAGGAAGUGAAGAUCGAGGAGUUACGUAAAGAACACGCGCAAGCCAUCCACGAGUUGUACCCCGCCAACGACAUGGAGGCAGUGGAGGUGUUCGAGCGGCUCAUCACGGCACUCCCGGCUUUCGGCGUGUUCUCUUCGGGGGAGCUGGCGGCCUGGAUGGUGCAGUCCUACUACGGUGCGAUGUUCUCGAUGCAGACUCGGCCCGAGUACAGGCGCAAGGGGUACGGCAUCCACUUGGCCAAGUGUCUCACGCAAAUCGUCCGCUCCAGGGGGUACAUUCCUUUCGUCGUCAUUCGUCCGGAGAACGAUGCUUCGCAGAGUCUCUACCACAAGCUAGGAUUUAAGAAGAACUACCAGACAGUGCGCGCCAUCUUGCGGCCUCACGAGAGGGCUUCCACCGACGAUUGAGAAUGUUCGGUCACGAUUGUAUCUCAUCUAUCGCUUCCACCUGCCUGCUCCACUUAUUUAUCUCUAUAUCUAUUCCAGUAAACGUAGGCUCGUAGGGCUCUGUGCACGGGAAGCCUGUGAUAACGACGCUUUCGUGCUUUGGACGAUUGUACUCACCGGUUCCCUCUGGACGUGGUCCUUCACGCAGUGCCUAAACUUAGUCUUCGGUCCAUCCAGAGAACUCGAGAAGGCUAACAAUCGCAAAAUUGGUCCAGAACUGAUCGUAACCGAGUUGUAGAGUAAUGAUUGACGGACGGCUCAGAGGUUUCCUUUUUUAGACCGUUGUUUCUUGCGUGACUCGCGAAGAAAUCUGGAAUCAUUACUAUCACAACAGACCGAUUUUUAAAUUUAAGUUAUGCCGUCGUAGCCUUAUCAACUUCCUGCCUGAGUUGAUCAGAGGUGGGGGUUCCAUUCUAAAUCGCUUCGAUCUCAAUGUAUUGUUUCAAAAAGUCUGGACACUUCGGUGCGUUUUGAACUUUUGAAGCGUUGUGGGGUUAAUUUCAAUCUAAUGGUGCUGAAUGUAUUAACAAGAUUACUGUAAAGAAACCGUUCUCUUAUCGUAGCGUCCAAAUCAUUCCCGAGGGAUGAACAUUGCAGAGAUGAUUUUCCCGUUUUCCCCCGCUAGCGAUUGGGAAGUUCGGUAAGUACGAGCGUCCACUGCCCGCAACCACGACCCCUGCACAGACGCCAGUAGCGGUAGCUCAUCUUCGUCCGGGGGGUGGGUCGAAGGCCUUGGAAGUGCCACAACGAUAGACGCAGACCGGAGUUGAUUUGACCUAGUUAGUCUCGCACCAAUCGGCCCGGGAGCGUUGAAAAUCUGUGAUAUUCUCAUUUAAGCCUCAGGACUAUUUUUUAUUUGAUUUGUGUUACGCAAGUGAUGAAAUUUUGUACUCGUUUCUAGAACCAAUUAGAAUCUUGAGGACCUCGUUUAUAGAUGUACAUAACUCCCAAGCGGAAAUGUUCGGUGUUAGAAUCUGUCUAGAGCCCCUGAGGUUUAAAUCUGUAUGCAAAUCAAAAGCGCUGAGCCCGCCUUUGAACGUUUGUAAAUAUGUGUAAUUUAAGAAAUGGCAGCCCCGGCCGGUUGGUGCUUGCGUCAUCCACAGAAGAAAUAACCGAGCGUCAAUUUUAGUGAAAUAUUUUUGUAUUAUUUUCUAUUUUCAUUAUAGUCGUUGUUAUAAUUUUUAUAAAUAAACCGACGAAGACAGAGGGGAUUCGAUGAUAUUUCAGUUUUGCCAAAAUUAUAGUUUUAUACCUCUCAAAUGCACGAUUCGUGGCCAAUGGAAGUAUUCAACAAUGCUCAUGACACAUUUUGUACAGUUUUAUAACACGAAACCGAUGGCACCGAAUCGUCUGUUAGACGUGUGAUGUUGCUAUAAUUUUGUUCUACGACCAGACGUGGGUUAGUUCUACUGUAAAACUUUUCCAUCUCAACAAUUCCACAUCCUCAUCCCGCCGUUCUGUUUGUACAUUUUGGAAAACCAUUGCGUUGUGGCACGGUUUAUAGGAUUUUGUACGCGUGAAUUCCAAGAGAUUGGUUACAGUGGUAUUGUCGCAAACUUUUAAUCUAAUGAGUGGUUUUCUCGAUGAGCAUUUAUUACCACAUAAAGGUUCGUGCAAUAUUUGAAAAUUUCGUGCUUUAUGAAAAUUUCCAGAAUUUUUUUAAAUACCGGCAUUGUAUAUUCCAUAUAUAACAUAACCAUCAGGAUUUAUAUUUUUACGUAUUUAUGUAUACAGUUAAUUUUAACAGUAUUUGUAUUCUUCAGUACUUACCAGCGUUAUUUAAGAAGUUGGUGUGGCCACAUGGGUGCAUGAUUUUUUAAACCAUCUUUUCCCCUUCCCACGUCAAGCAGAUAGUGUCAGCGUGGUAGUAAACAUCAGCGGGAAUUUUAGUUUUGAUAUGGUAAAGAGAAAAAAAAUCCUGACGUAUCAUUUCUAAAACAAAAGGAGAGUCCAACCAAAUUAUUCAGCAGCUGGUUUAUCCAUGUGAUUUAUAAAAAAUGCACCGAGAAAAUUGUGUGUUCAUUAACUCUUAAUUAAUAAAUUUAUUCUUCCAAAUUGGAGUUUCCCCCUCCCUCCUGAAAAUUACAAAAGUAUAUCCCAUAUUAUAAAAAAAACACGCUCCUUUUUCCACUGAUAACUAUCGACCUAUCUCAAUCUGUCCAAGCUUGAGCAAAAUUUAAAAAAAUGAAAUCUUUCUUUACAAGAAUGCUUUGCUUUGUCACCAAACACAAUCAGUUCUCUGAGGACCAAGUUGGCUUCAGAAAGAUGAAAUCGACGGUAGAUGCAGUUGUGAGUCUUGUCAAAAUUAUUGUUCUGGGGUUAGAAUGUCGGAAUUCCACUUUCAGUUUAUUUCUCGAUCUAUUCAAGGUAUGCCACUGUGUUGGCCAUAAUACACUGCUGGACAAUCUGAAAUCGCACUGCAUUCAUUGCCUGCCCCUGCAGAGGCUUAGUUAAUUUCUAAGUUACAGAAGAUAUGUUGUUCAAAUUCCAAAUCAAAUUUGAAGCCUAAUUGAAAUUAUGGUGUCCCUCAAAGUUCCAUUCUCAGCCCUAUUCUUUUUCUGGUCUAUCUAAAUGACAUUGAGUCAUCGCUUAUCUCGUGCAAUAUGCCGAUGAUACGAGUCAGUGGAAAAUCAAAGUAAGCUUUGGAGCAACAUACUUUCGUUGACUUGAACAACUUAUAUACGUUAGAAAAUUUACAACGAAAAAAUUCGUUACAUGCUGCAAUAUGUAUAACGCAACGUUUCUACAUUGCGUUAUAACGUAGUUUUGUACAUUUUGUAACGAUGGCAAAUAUCCGAAAUUCUAUUACUAGAUUGUUAACAGAAUUUAUAUCAAGUGAUUCAUUAAAAAAUCUGGGGUUGUAAGACACAGUAGCAGCAUAACAUAUAGGCCCAUAAUAUUUAUCAUGAUCUGUACGUGAGAUAAGCUGUCUCUUCGGCCAACCCAACUCUUUAAAUGACGCUACUACAAUAUUCAUGGAAACGUGACUUAAUAUAUGGAAACCUUUUUAUAUCGAACAGGUUAACUCAUUAAAUAGUAGUUAAUAAUUAUCAAACUGAUGGAAAAAUGCUCUUGAUUCCCCUGGCAGUACUCGUUGUUGAACGAGCGUACAGAAUCUCUCAGAAAUUGAGAGAUCUGGGUACACGCCCUCAGGGGACAAUAAUUAAUUCCCCAUCAAGUUGUAUAAAAAUUAAAUUCACUUAUGGCAGUUAUACUAAUUUUAUUAUUAAGAAUUCAUUUAAACUAACUUGAUUCGUUCGAAGCAUACGAAUAUAAAAUUGUUGAUGUUUUUAUCCAUGAAAUCCGUUCAACAUUAGUAACUCAAUAUAGUUUUCGUAUCACGUAAUACACUUUUCAUAUCGUCUUAAAAAGCCCUAAUCAAUUUCAAACGCAAAAUCAAGUUCUUGCAGUUAAUUGUUCACCUAAUUAAAUAC